AAUUAAAAGGGAAUAUUUUUAACAAAUAAUAAUGUUACUUAGUUAUAAAAAUAAUUAUAAAUUUCUUACACAGUUUACGCAGUAAAUAAACAAUAAAUCAUGGGUGAUAUAGAAAUUAAUGAGGCUCUAGCCUCACUAGACAUUCUUAUGUCUGAAUUUUUUGCCCCAACGACAAGUAAUUACAGAAAAAGAGAGAUUGAGAGCAUGCUUGAAAAUUUCUCCAACCGUAGGGACUCAUGGAAACACUGUUUAUUAUUUUUGCAAAAGUCUCAAAACCAGUAUGUUUUAAUGUUUACAUUGACAACUCUGGAGAAUAUAAUAAACAGGCAGUGGAUUAGUCUGUCCGAUGAAAAUAAAAUAGAAAUCAGGCUAACAUUAUGGAAUGAAUUAAUGACAAAGCAUGAAGUGAUGCUGUACUUUAUAAGAAACAAAUUAGCAGCCCUGAUGGUGUCUAUAGCGCGGUAUGACUGGCCACAUCUGUAUGAGGACUUCUUCACUAAUAUAGUGGAGCUAAUAAAAUGUGAUGGCAGACAAUGCUUAUUGGGAUUGGUGUUGGCCCAAGCAGCAAGUGAAGAAUUAGGAGCUGCCAGAGACACCGGUGUACUUCUGCCUUCAGCCAGACGCAGUCAAUUAGAGAGACUAAUGCUCAAAGGAAUGCCACAGUUGUUAUCUGCUCUUAAUGGAAUUUUGGAGAAAAAUGCACAGAAGGAGGGACAAUCUAACCCUCCGCCUUCGCCGACAAACGGCCCGCCACAAACAUUAGCACUGCCAGACUUACUAGCUAAUGCUCAUGAUGUACAUACUGUAGAUAAGGCUUUAAAUAUGGAAAUCGUUGUUAAGUGCCUUACAACACUCCAACAUUUAUUCUCGUGGCUACCAUUAUCAUCUCAUGUGCCACCAUCACUUGUGACUACAGUGUUCUAUUGGGGCAGUAUUGCCACUCAGUCCCAGAGUGGCGAGGCGGCGCUGGCGGGGCUGGGCGGCGCGUGCGAGCUGCUGUACCGGCGGUACGCGCCGCCGUCGUCGGCCGCCACGGCGCUGCGCCUGCACCACUGCGCGCUGCGGCUGCUGCGCCACCUCACGCACCACGCGCACCAGCCACACCUCGCGCAACACUACUCGCACGAGUAUUUAAAUAAGUUAGCAGAGUUCCUAAAAUUGUUUGUUUCAAUGCAUUUCAAGAGGUUGGAGGCCGAGCCUGAGUUUGAUGCUAUAGAAUUUUUGUCAUAUCUAUUCCAAUACACAUUCCAGGUGCCUACAUGUGCUAUAUUUGUAAAUUGUUUAGAUAUAUGGAUACAAUUUAUUGAUAUAUUGAAACCAGAAGAUACAGCCAAAUAUUGGGAAGCACUUCAGGGUCUUGUCAAUGGUUUGUUGAAUAAAAUUCAAUUUGGACACAACAAGGCGCAGUUACAACACCUCGACAAUGACGUGUGCGACGAUGAUGGUGAAACAGAAUGGCAGACAUUCCUGAAAAAUUGUGUAGAAUGUAUCGCUCGAGUGGCAGACUUGGCGCCGCUGGAAGUGUUUACAUCUGUGGUGGAGCGGUGGCAGCAGCUGGCGGAGGCGCAGUCGCGGGUGGGCGCGCGCGGGCCCGAGGGCGAGCGCGUGACGGCGGCGCUGCUCGACCUCGCCACCCUCACGCGCGUGCUCGGCCGCCUCGCGCCCGCGCUGCUCGCCGAGGUGGAGCGCAUGCGCGAGGGUGCGUGCGCGGCGGUGGGCGCGGCGGUGGUGGCGCGCGUGGCGAGCGCGCUGGCGGCCGCCGCGCCGCUCGCGCCGCACCGCGCGCCGCACGCGCAGCACCACAAGCAGGCGCUCGUGCUGCUUCACGCGGAGAUGUUCGCUUGCAUGGGGGCGUGGUGUUGUUACGCGAACGAGUGCGGCGUGCCCGUGCGCACCAUGGAGGGACUUUUCUCAUCGACUGUACCCUUUCUUUUGCCGCACGAUGUUCCCGAGCCUUCGAUAAUAAGUUUUGCGGCGGCGCAUCUGUUGCUUAGUCUAUCAAAAAACGUGAAGCUCGUAUCCGAUCCGAUGUCUCUCGUGGGAGACCUGUACAACCACGCCCAAAGGUCAUUACAUUACUUGGAGCCAAAGACGGCAGACGUGGUGCGAGAGGCGCUGGUAACGCUGGCGCUGCGCGGGGGAGGGGAGGCGGCGCGCGCGCUCGUGGCGGCGUGGGCGGGCGCGCUGAACACGGCCGGGCCCGCCGCCGCGCUGCCGCCGCUCACUAACCUGCUGCUGGCCUUCGCGCACGCACCUACUGCCUCCAAAAAGGUUAUAGCAGAGGGUGUGCAAAAUGCAGCGGAGACAGCGCUGCGCAUGCUCUGUGAGCCGAAUGGCGCCUUCGCGGCCGCUGAGCCAGAAAUCACAGACUUCUUCUUUGCAUUGUUCACUGCCGUGCUGCCGCAACUCGGAAAUUUUACAUACACUGCCAUUGAUGUAUUUUUAGAUGUUGCUCAAAGAGGUGGCGGGUCGAGCAGCCUGGAACGGUUGGUGGAGUGCGUGCGGCUGGGCGUGGAGGCGGGCGGCGGCGGCGUGCGCGUGCGCGCCGUGCUGGCGCUGCUGCACCACCACGUGCUGCCGCGCGCGCACCACCACGAGCCCGACCUGGCGCGCGCCGCGCACCGCCUGCUCGCCAGCGUGCUGAUCCACCGGUGGCGGUACUUCUUCCCGCACAAAUGCGACGCGGAGGAGAGCGUGCGGCGCACGAGCGAGCUCGGCGGCGCGCUGGCGGCGCUCGGUCGCGCGCUGCUGCAGCCCGACAUCGACCUGCUGCGCCUCAACAUCGACACGCUCGACACGCUCAACAACAAGUGGAAGCUCUACCACAAGGCGAUAUUCCGCACGGAGUUCAUGUGCGAGUUCCUGUCGGUGCUGGUGGGCGGGCUGGCGGAGGGCGGCUGGCGCGCGCUGGCGCGGGACGAGGUGACGGCGGCGGUGCACGCCAUGGCCGUGGUGGACUUCAGCGCCUUCCGCCUCGGCUUCCUGCCGCGCUUCCUGCGCUCGCUGCCCGGGCUCGCGCCGCACCACCUGCACCAGCUCGAACAGUUCCCGCCCGACACGGAUUUACCAACAUUCACACAGAACCUUCAGCGGUUAAUGAACGAUGUCAACUGUUUCCGCGCGUAUCAAGCGUUAGAAUCAUCCGAAAUGUCGACGUAAUACAGGCUGCUGAAGUACAUUGGGAUUAUACGUAUGACAUAGAAAACGUAAUUAGUAUUACGAAUUCCCAAACAAUUGUUCAGGGAAAUCACAAAACAUUCUCAAAUGAAUUAAGCUGAAAAUAUCUCAAAUUGUUAAGAUACGUAGUACACGUGGAAAUCUACCAUCAAUGUCUCGAACUCAUGGAGAUAAAAUAUUUGGCUUUUUUUGUAGUGAUGCAAACAUUUUAAAUAUAAAAUAUAUUUAUAAAUUCUAUGAUUUUAAAUUUUCAUAUGAAAUUAACUAGAAAAAUCCUUUGAAGUAAUAAAUAUGUGAUAUUUGGCACACAUUAUUCGGUAUUUGAGCUACACUUGCGUUAAGACGGAGGCAUCUGUGCUCACUAAGCAUUGCUUGUCCAAAAGGGUAGCCGGGAAAUAAUUAAAACUAAAUAAGUUCCAUUAUUUUGAUGUUAUCUCGUAAAAAAAAAGCAUCAAAGCAUGAAAUUUGUAUAACUGCCAAUUUUUUACUCGGCUAUUAUGCGGUAAUUAAGCAGAAGUGUGUGAAGGCGUCCACAUAAUUAUUUUCUUGUCGCAGAUAGCGCAAGGCCUAUAUUUCCUCAAAUCAAACAUUAUGUAGUUUCUAUGUAUAUAAGUUUAUAAGUGUUACAUUCUUCUUUACUAUGUUUCACGCAUUUUUAUACAAAAGAUAUUCGACUGAUAGAAUUGGUGAGACUGCAAGUGGAUUAGUUGGAUUUUAAGUUAGACAUUAAAAGCAAUCUUUACUUACGCAUUUGUAUAUUAGUGGAUUUAGUUUUAAUAAAUACAUUUUUAAUUUCAAGUUUCCUUUAACAUAGGUUAUUGUUUAGUUUGUAUUGGAAGGCCAGUUUUAGUUGGCACUAAUUACCAGAAAAAAAUAAGCAGUCGACGAAUAAUACUUUUCUUAAGAAAUUAGAUAACAUAACAAUAGACCAGACUGUACUUGAAUCUGAACGAUGUCGAGGUACUACUGUGUGAGUAUUUACAAUCAUCAAUAGGGGAUAUCGACCGAGGUAUCUAUCGUAAGAACUUCCACUAAAGCAAACUUAAAUGGGAGUAAAUUAAAAUUGUUUUACGGAUUCUAUCGAGGUUUUUAAUUUCAUUUUUCUCGCGAAGUGCUGAAAAGACAUCGAAAUGUCGGAAGAAAAAUAAAAUUAAAUCCACGAUAGAAUCCGCAGAACUAGUUUAAUUUCAAUACUGUAACAUUUGCGUCAAUGUAAGAAAUCAUGAGGGUAAAUGAUGUAAAUCUAAAAACACAGGCUGGUAUCAAAUCACAACAUAUCGCAAAGCAUAUACAUACUUAAUGUAUAUUAUGUGAAUAACAAUAUUUUUGUAUUGAUCAUAAUAUUGUUUCCAUGUAAUUUUAGGCGUAUCACGUAUAACAAUAUUUUAUUUAUCGGUUUCAAUAUACAUAAAUUAUAUAAUCGACAUAGAGAAUUGACUGCGCGUACCUACCUAGCUGUGUGGCGAAGAAUCAAUUUAGGCAGAUAGCGAGAAAGGUAUAGCAGUCGCUCAGGGCUGUCGUGUGGCCAAGAGGCAGUUUUUAUUCUAGAAAUCUGAUUGGGCAGACAAACUUGCAGCGGCAUGGUAGAGUUCUGCACAUGCGAUCUAUAAUACCUCUACGCUGUAGUCUAUGGCAAAUUCUAGCAAAGAAAAUAAAUACAUUUUAUGUAUUAGUCUCUCAAUCACUGUCUUUUUCUAGAAAGUGCUUAUUUUUGACAAAAAUUGCUCAGCCCUUUCUCUAUGUCUAUAUCAGAUCUAAUAGGAUUUAUUAUGAGUGUGGUGCAAUAUCCAUUUUUAAAUAAUUUUGAUGUAAAUGAGACACUCAGUCACUAUAGAAUGUUACGAUUAUGCGUGUUUAUAUUAUGUAAAGGAGGAAAUAAGUAAACAAAAUUGUUUAAAA